UUACUAGCAAAAAUUAAAAUCCUUAUAUCUCGAUCAAAUCUCAUGCUGACUCAAGGAAAUUUUCAGGAAAGGCUUAAAAGGUGCCAUAUGUUGUUGACCACGCCGAAAAAGUGAUCCAGCAGAACACCGAUGCUCUGAGGUUUUUCAGAAGGUUUCUGGAAACCUUAAGCCAAUGCCCAGCUCACAUUCACCUUUUUCGUCUUUGAUCGUAUUUUAUGAGCUGUCCUGAGCAUUUUCUGGAAAUUUCCUUGAGUCAGCAUGAGAUUUGAUCGAGAUAUAAGGAUUUUAAUUUUUGCUAGUAACAGGCGAAAAACCGUUUUUUCACAACAAUGCCUCUGGCGAAGUUAUAUUCAUUUCCACACAAAAACAAAUGUUGCUACUAUGCUCAGCGUGGUCGAUUACCUAUAGUCCAUGGCAUUUUGAGAUUCUCAGAGAUGUCUGCUCGGAGAUAGACACGUGCUCGGGGAAAGCGAGCCCUGCUCGAAUGACGAUAGCUAGAGAGUCGCGACUUGCAUAAUUUUGUAGAGUAACGAAAAGUUCUGCUCUAAAAAGUCUUGGCUAUUGAAUAGCGAAAAUCGCAGGUCUCUAUCUCAUUCCUAUCAAAAGUUAUUCAAAAAAUGCCCACGGGUCUUGUAUUUUGGGAUGGAUAGUAGCAUCAUUAACUUCAACGAAUAAAAAGAAAUGGAGAUCUGGACAGUGUCUCUCGUUAAUCAUGAUAUUAUAACAAUCAGACUGAUAGAUUUUAAUAUAAACUUGCUCAUUUUUUACUCUAUUGAUGUAUUCUAAUAUUUCUAUCUUUAUGUGUUCUUCUUUUCAAGCGAAAGUACUCGAUUAUUGAAUUCUUCAACGUUUUUAUCGUCACAAUACUCAUCCAAUAUUCAUUUAACGUUUCGAACAAAUGAUCUGAUAACACGUAAAGGUUUUUGGUUAGUCAUUCAGCCAACCAAACGCGAACAAAAAACAUCGUUGAAAGUAACCUGUCAACGACAUAAUUUAAACAACACAUUAAAACCAUUAUCAAUAGUAACAACAACUACUAUUAGUUCAACUUUAUUCACAGUGACAACAACAAGAUAUACUACAUUGACUACUACCACCAUCCAUUUUAGUCAACAAUCUGAAAUUCUUAUCGAUGAAGCAAUAUCACCUUCAUCUUCCAGUACUCAUAUCCCUAAUCGUACUCAUCGUAGUAUUCUCUCAUUUAUUUUGAUUAUAACCGCAAUAUUUGUUGCCAGUUUACUCCUAUUAAAUUUAUUUUUAAUUCUGCUCUGUUGGAAACAACGUUGCCAUUCAAAAAAACAGUCAUCAUCGUUUUUUACACCAUCGUACGAUCGAGAAACACCAGUUAUAAAUUCAUUAGAAUCUAAAACAACAACAUCGUCGAGGUACAUAUUUGAUCCAAGUCCAAUUACUCAACGAUCGCAACAGCCAGACAACAAUACAUCAUCAACAUCGACAACAAAAACCAGUAGCUAUGAAGAUCCUAGUGAAUUAAUAACAUUAAAUCCUAAUAAUGCACCUUCAGCAAGUUGGAAUAAUGAUGUACAACAAUUUAAUCUAAACUUACAUCAUCAGUGUCCACAAACAGUACCGUUAAAAAAGACAGUGAAUACAAUCAAUAAUACGACUUUUCUUCAACAAAAAAUAUUUCGCCCUAUCCUACCGUCACCACCAUCUUCCGAUAGUUACAAUCGAAUGAUUCAUUGGCCUCGAUUGCCUAUUCAAUGUAAUUUUAGUCUAAAUCCGCCUGAAAUUCAUUAUCCAGAUUCGCAUAUUUAUGAAACCAUUCAAGAUAAUAAUGGAACUCUACCCCCGUAUCAUCGACUAGCAUCUACAAUGCGUCGUCAACGACUUUGUCAUCCCCAGUGUACGUGUGUACCAGCCACAUAUCAUGAUGCAUCAUUUAAUUGUAGGACUUGUAAUGAGAAUAAUAAUAAUAAUGAAAAUACUGUAUCGUCUGAUGAGUUUGAUCAAUCAAAUCCUGAAACACUAGUCUAA